AGAUUUGAUUUUUCGUCAAUUGCAAAUGGCAGAAGUGUCAUGUUGUUCUGAGGUGUUACGUUAUUUAUUUAGUGAAAAUUAAUAUCAAUAAAUUAAUAGAACUUUGAAUAAUUAGAACAUUGCAAAUUCGUUAAUAUGAAUAAUAAAGAAAAGUUGCCUAAACUGGUGGAUGUGUAUCGUCAAUCAAACCCUCUUGGUAGGAGGCAGUUGCCUCUUGUUGUUGAUGAAAAUUUAACGCUUGUUAUGGAUAUUAAAGGUUCAGGAAUAAUAUGUGAUAACCAGGUUUUGAGAGGAAAAGAAUUAGAAGAAUUUGCUUGCAAAUGGAGUGUUUUAUCAACUUGUGAAUUACAGAAUGCUCUUCAAAUCACCAAAACUGAAUUAAUGCAUGUGUUAAAUCAAAACGUACCGUGUGUUGGAUGCAGAAGAAGUGUAGAUAGACUGUAUUACCAGUUAUUUAAAUUUGGCCAUCCAACAUUGGACCCUCUAAUGGUAAAAUCAGAUGGAACUAUAACUAUCAGAGAAGAUAAACAAGCUUAUCCAAUUUUAGGUUCAAUUUUCCAUGAUCAUGCGAUCAGGCUGGCAAAAUUGAUUGAGAAUCAACCAAAAAGAAACAAAAAAAGUGUCAGAUGUUUGUUACAUUCUUUGGAUUCCCAAAGAAGCAGACCUUUGACUCCAGUGUGGAGAGAUGUUUGGGAAUGCAUGAAACCAGAAUGUAAAAAAGAUGUUUGUAUGAUUAGAGCAUCUAGUCUUCACAGUACAUUGGAAACAUAUUUGCGCAAACACAGGUUUUGUGGUGAAUGUAGAACUAAAGUUUUAAAAGCAUAUUCAUUAUUAGUUGAAGAACCUGAACCUUCAAAAGAAAAGGGUUAUGUUUCCUCUUUAUAUGCAGGUAUUAAGAGAUGCUUGCCUAACAAACAUAUUCAUCUACAAACCAAGACUGAUCUUAUUACUAAGCUAAUCAGCCGGGCUGAACCUGAACUUUUGGGAAGUCGUAGGGAAAGGCACGCAAAAACUUUAGAGAUUGCCCAAGAAGAAGUACUCACAUGCCUGGGAAUAUGUAUGUAUGAACGUUUACAUCGCAUAUAUAUGCGCAUGCGUGAGGAAGAAUGUACCUGUCAAGUGUUUGCCGCAGUAGCGGUUCAUACGUUAAGUCGAAGUUUCGAAACUGCCGUAGAACGCAUAAGGGGUGUCUCACAAUUGGAACUUCUCUACGCGGAAUUUGCGCGAGAAGAACAACAGAAACAAAUCAGAAGAGAACAGAAAAAAAUUAAACGCAAGCGCAAAAAGGGUGAGUGCUGUAAGGUUGUAGAUAAAGAAGGUAAAGAAAACUGCAAUGAUUGCGAACAAGAUGAAGACGAUAAAGAAGAUACUGACAAGGAGUGCUCAUGUACAAAUGAGAAAUCAUGCGAACAGGAAGAAGCACUGAGUUGUUAUAGUUGUGAACAAUUACAACCAGGAGGAUGUGGCGAUGCCAAUGUACCUAGAAAUUUCGAAUAUGAAGAUUGUUUAAAACCAAAUAGUGGAGGUGGUGGUGUGGGAUGUGGUGGAUUGAGUGGGAAAAAGGAAAAAUUGAGAUGUAGCAAUGAAUUAUGGAUAGAUGAUUGCAAAUGUGAAAACGAUGUUCAAGAAGUUAAAAAACCUACUUGUGGUGCCACUUGUAAAUGUGAUAACAGUUUGCUCAGACCUUUAACCUAUAUAGGAGAUUUUAACAGUAACACCAAAAAAGAAAGUGGUUCAAACAGCGAUCAUUCCCAUGACUGUGGUUAUUCAUCAGAAAAUAAUAACGGAUGCUGUGAAACAGGUUCCCUGAUUUCCAGUCUCUCCAGUUCGCCAGAAGGAUCAGAAUUAGCUUGCUCAGAUUCAUGUUGCCAACAUGAUAAUGAUUAUAUAACUCACUGUAGACUCUCAUAUGGUGGAAAUGGUCAUCAAUUGAGCUUACAGGAAAUGUUAGAGGUUCAUAGCGAAGAUGAUGAUGAAUGCUUUAUAACCCCAGAAGAAGUUAGAGAAUUUAAAAGCAACAAUAGGCAAGUCUAUGAGAAGAGACAAGAAUUGCGGGAAACGCUCCAAAAAAGGUUUGCCCAAUUUUGCAUGGACGGACCUGUACCACAUAUACUCUUGCAAUCCAAAUAUGCUUCGAAUUAAUUUAUAUUUUAAUAUUAAUCCGGUAGAUUUUUCCUGAUUUGAUAUUGUUCAGUUUUCAAAUUAUGCAUAAAUGGUUUUUUCAAAAUUUUUAUUUGGUUUUUGUUUAUUAUUUCAUUGCACAAAUAAAACGAAUAGUACGAAAUUCUAGUACCAAGAUGUUUUAUUUGCCGUACAGAAAUAAUUCAUAAAAUUUAGAAAUACACAUCAGAUAGUCCUAUUGCACACAUCUUAAUAAGUAUAAGAAGGUAGAAGACUUUAUUUCUAUUACAAAUGGCCUGCUUAAAUACAGGUUGCUUCAGAAAAAAGUGCUUACAUAUUUUUAACGGUUUAGCCAAAACUACUGGCCACGCUGUAACGAAAUUUUAAAAGUUAUUCAGAAUCUUAUACAUCACAUGAUUAUGUUUUUAUAUCUGACCUUCAUAUAGGGCGGUAGUUACAAGAUACGUUAUUUAAUUUACACCAAAAACUGAAAUAUUUGAAUUUGAAUAUUAUGAAGUAAUAAGCGAUGCUAGUAUUUUGUAAUGAUGUUAAAUUAAAAUAAACAAAAAAUCUCAAGAAGAAAAUUAAAAUAAAAACUGAGGAAAUAGAAUAAAAUUCCAUUAGAGUAAAGGCUCAAAAUGUCAACUGUUUUCACGAGUUCAUUAGACUAUCCUUUUUUCUAAAGAAUCCAUCAAUUUAUUACCUAGAGCUGCUGCCCAAACAUUAACUUUCAAUGAGUGUUGGUAAUGAGAUACUAUUUUGACUUAUGGAUUCUCAUAACACCAGUAAUUUGAAUGGACAAAAAUCCACUUUAACUGGAUGGUAGAUCAUUUGACAACAGCUCUUGGAGCUGGAGUCUGUAAUAAUAAGGAUUUUCUACUCUUUAAGUGUCCUCUAAAUACUUAAAAAAGAUGUAUUUGUCUGCCUCGCCAUAUUCCUUACGCUGUUCCACACACUGCUGAAUUUUGAGGAACUAAAUUUAAAAUAACAUUUUCUUCAUUAUUGGUUCUUGUUGCUCUUAGCCUAUCAGAAUUCAUUUUUUUGGGUCUACCAUUCCCAGUUUUACGACAAUCCUCAAUGGAAACAUGUAUCAUAAUCAUAAUCGAUACUUUAUACCAGCAACAGUUAUUACUUCAUAAAUAUCAAAUCAAACUGAAACUGAAUAAUGUCUAAGUUCACUUGAAAUUUUGAGUGAUAUAUAUACUUUUUCUACUCUUUGGCACUCCCCGAACAAUUUUUCUGCAUAUAUUCCCAAUUUUCUUUUCAAAAUUAAUGAAAAUAUUUUGUAUGUGACGUCUAGCAAGGCUGUUCCUCUAUAAUUUUCACACAACGUUUCGUCUUCCUUCUUAUAAAUGGGCUUUUCUCCAUGCUUCUGGCAUGUUCUCGGUGUUCUAAAUCUGACAAAAUAAAUUGAAAAUUUUUUCUUUAAGCUGUACACCGCCAUGUUUUGUUCUUUUGUUACUCCAUUAUCUCCCGGACUUUUAUUGUUUUUCAUCUUAUUUAUCACUUUUUCAACUUCUCUGUUUGGGAAAGCAGUAAGUUGAUUUUCAAGGUUUCCUUCGUUUGCUAUUUCUUCGAGUGCGUCAUUUUUGACAUUAAAUAUUUCCUCGAAAUAUUCUUUCCAUCUUCUAAUUUUUUCUUAUUCGUCAACUACAAGGUUUCCUUCUUUGUCUUUAUAUAUGUGGCAGUACUCUCGUUUUGUUUUCUUAUGUGUUUGACUUCUUUGUAAAACUUUUUAAUUUCCUUUCUUUGAUAUUCUUCCUCUAUAGUUUUUAUUUGGCCUUCUGAGGAUUCCCUUUUUUUCAUCCAACAUAGUUUCUCUGCUUUUUUUUUCAUUGUUAUAUUCACAUAAUUUUUUCUUAUUUCUAUUGUACAACAUUUUUUGGUUUAAGUUUCCCUUUUUUUUGUAUUUCACUGUCACAUUCAUCAUCUAGCCAUCUUUUUUUUCUGAGAUUUUUUUUCGUGGCGGUUGUUACUGCUUGUUCAUUUUUUCCCAGUUUUUUUUCCAACAGUUAUUGUGUGGCUUUCUUCUUAUUGGCAGCUUAAGUAUUCGUCAAUAUCUAUCUUAUACUUUUUUCAGUAUUUUCUCUCUUUAAAUCAACCAAGUUGUAUAAAAUAUGCUUAAUUUUUGGUCUAUUUUUCUUUUUUUUUUUUUUUAUCCUAAUUUUCACACCUACCGAAGUGAUCUGAACUUAUUUCUGCACCACGUUAUGUUCUCAAAUUUGUGAUUAGCUUUGAAUACUUUAGUUAUAUUAGAAUAUGAUCGAUUUGGUUUGUAUCAUUUCUUCCAUGGAUAAUCCAAUACCUGUUUCGACUGCCAAUCCUAUCAAUCUCAGACCAUUAUUAUUUGACUCUUCGUGCUUGCUUUCUUCUUCUGUUAUCUUUUUAUACAUUUCCUCUCUGCCAACUUUUGCGUCUCCAAUUACAUUUACUGUCUGUGUUUGGUAUAGUAUACAUUAGCCUUUCUAACUCUAACUCUUCACAAUAUGUAUACUUUUUGUCUUCGUCUUUCUCUUCUGUUGGUGCGUGUAUAUUAACGAUAAUCUAUAAUAUCUAUCCGAUGUUGAUACAAAGCAGCCUUAACCUCUUUUUUUUAACUCUUGGUUUACUAAAAAACCCAUUCCAUAUGUCUUAUUUUGACUUCCGUUCUUAAAAAUAUAUAUAAUUAUCUAUUUUUUGAAUACCGUUUCCUGUAGGGCGACUUAAUCCAUCUUGUAAAUGUUCAUUUUUUUGAUAAGUGUUUUAAUCGUUUCUUCGUCAUAAAUACCUCUCACUUUGCAUGCUCUAUAUUCACCAAUAUAUUAUGUUGUUAUUUACUUGUUGUUAUAAUUGCUCAUUGUCCCUGUACAUUGUAUAUUCUUCUAGACUAAUUUUUACCCGAUUUCUUUUGUCUUUCUUUUUUAGCUCUCCUUAUUACUUUCUCUACGGUUCUGUUGCUCUUUGACAAAUCAUCAUUUAGAAAAACUCUUUCGCUCUCAUUUUCUAAUUUUCCAAGUUUUUUCAUCUUGUUUUAUAGCUUCUUUAACAUGUACUUUAAUGCCAUUCAAUGAAAUUUUCCAAACUAGGCAUCAAUAACUCUGUCAUUUCUAUCUAUUUUGAUGCCUUGUCCUUCUCCUCCUCCUCUUUCCAUUAUCCUCCAAAGGAUGAAAUGACACUGUUUAUAUAUGAUUCAGCAGUUUUUUCAAUGCUUGCUUAUUGUGUGUAAUUUUUUUGGCAUGAUCCAGUCUCAUAUUUAUUAAGGGUUUUGUUUGGUCUACCUACCCUGUUGGAGAUCUGCUUCUUGGGCGUUUGCUUUCUACUUUCCCUUCUAUGAUUAACCAUUCCAUUGGUCCUGAUCUUCCCAGCUACUCCAGAUACAUGCGGUUUAUUCUGGUUAGCAGCCUUGUAGGUGGACCAAUUUUUUGUAAUACGGAUACGUUGGUUCGGUGUUCUGUCCAUGACACUCAAAAGUAGUCUAUAAACCCACUCGGUUUUAUCUGCUUCGUUUAAACUCCAUGUUUCCGCUUUGUACGUUGCAAUGGGGAAGAGAAGAGCAUCAACUAGACGUAGUUUCGUGGUUUUCGUGAUAGAUUUGUCUUUCCAUAUUUUAUUUAACUUGGCAGUCGCUGAUCUUGCCAUAGUCAAACGACGGCAUAUUUCGCUUUCGCAUUUCUCAGUGUUGGUAAUGAAGGAACCAAGAUAGUUAAAAUUGUUUACCACUUCGUAAUCUACAAUUUCUGAUGUUUGUGGAGAAUUGUUGUCUUGCCCAUCAACUAUCAUUAUUUUCGUUUUGGAUUUAUUUACUUUUAACCCAUAUUUUUCGCUGAUAAUAGACAGUCUGGUCAUAAUUUCUGUUAUUUUUGGUAUGGUUGACGCUAUGAUCACUGUGCCGUCGGCUCAGUGCAGGUUGUUGAUCCUCUUUCCGUCAACUGAUAUUAUGUCCUGUAUCACCACAUUAUUUCAUCUCUUUUCAUUUUCGAUCCUCUCUAGUCUUUCAUUCAUACCAACUACUAGCUUUUUCAGUUGUUUAUUUUCAUUUUUUAGUUGUUCAUUUUCUAUCUUCAGUUCUCUUAUUUCUCUUGUAUACUCUUUUUGCUCCUUACGCAUAUCCACCUCCUCUUUUGGCAGGUUAUCUAUAGUUUUUCCCAUUUGUUCCAUCAUUCUUUCUAUGGUCUCCUUCAUAUUUUUAUGCGUUUUCAAUGGUGAUUUAAAUGUUUUCCUUCUUUUACUGAAAUAGUCUUUUCCUUCUUCUUCGUUUUCCAUUUCACUUUUCCUUUUCCUGCUAUUUUCUGAGCUUUCAGUACCCAUAGAUGUUGUCUUGAAUAUUAGUGCGACUCCUUGAUAUUAAUACGGCCCAGUCCUAUUUACUUGCUAUAUUAAAUCGAAGAAAUCCUCAGUUGAUAUCGCUUAUUACUUUACUGGCUAUCAGCAUCGCGAAAAAACCGGACCUCGGUUGAACCGUCAGAAGCCCGGCCUUUAUCGAUGUGAUUUUAAACACUUAAUUACAGUAUAUUGGUGUUGUUUUCGUCUUACCUUAUUUAAUCAAACGUUUUAUCUCACCAUCUUUCCCUAGGUUAAGGAUACUCUUAGAAAUUUAAACACUUGUCAUCUUCCUAUAUUUUGGAUUCAAUUACGGAGCACAUUCCUAAUAGACUUUAUUCUACCUUAACAGAACUGGAUAGUGUUAUCUGAACAAUAUUUCUGCUAAAUUCCAAUUGACUAAGACUUUUCUUGAUACAUUUCAAAUUAAUAAGGUAGUUUUUGAAUUGAAUGAGGUAGAGGGCUUCACCUUAUUUCUUAUUUAAAGUAACGUUAUUUUUCAAUGUAUUGCUUCUACUAAUGAUUUAAGUUAAUGGAGCAUAACAUCAUCUAAUCAAAUGUCAUAAUUUUUUAUGUAUAAGUAUUAAUAAUUACUUUUUAUAUAGACGAAUAAAAAAAUAAGCCUUCAAUAUUUUAAAUCUAAAUUACACAUGAUACAUUUGAACUACUGAUGUAUGUAUAACUAAAUUUUUUGAAUGUCUAUAAAAGUUCAAGAUGAAAAUAUAAUACCGUUACAAUAUAUUUACGAUAUAUUUGUUGCAUUCCAUGAGUUAACAAUUGUUACAAAAGAAAUAAAAUUGUUUUUUAUAGGUCUUUGACAUGCGCUAUAAGCAUUCACACCUAAAUCUGUGUAAAAAUCAUAAAUAAACUUAAUUAAAAA